AUGGAACAACUGGCUCGUCAAAUGGCGAGUCCGCCCGAUCUGAGUAUCGUGCAGAUCAACGUCAAGGCGGCCCCAGACAGAAUCCAGUCACUGAAGAAUUGGAUUCAGAACAACGAUCUGAGAAUUGAUAUUCUCUGCCUGCAAGAUAUUCCAGCCAAUAUCAGGGGGAUCCAGUUCUCCGAUCACAUCCUUGCCUUCGGACACAAUAAUCCUGAACUCAUUCCAGACAUGGAGGAGGAGGGACAGGGUCAAACCAAGGGCAAGAAGAAAAAGCCAAAGCUCAAGAGUCCAUACCAACAAAAGGAGAAACUACAUGCUGUGGUCUAUCUUAUACACAAGUCCAUCCUGGUUCAGGGUUGGCACGUCGAAUUCCACGACAAUGUCAAUCUUGGACUGGCCGCUACACUCUUACUCCGAAUUAGUGACGACCAAACAAUUGCGAUUCACAAUGUCCACAAUCGGUUUAAAAAGGUUCAGAUCCCAGACCUUUUGGAAAAGGUCACGGCAACUGGUCAAGACCUUCUUGUCGGCGACUUCAACCUUCAUCACCCAGACUGGGGUGGCGAUGACAUCCGUACCAUCGAUCCCCAGGCUAUCGAGCUAAGCAGUGGUCUGAAGGCGGCUGAUAUGAGGAUCUUGACCCCACGCGGCUUUAAAAUCUACUCUCGGGGGAAAGGUUUUGCUGGCGCCUACAGCAGUACCAUUGACCUUACCGGCGCCAGCUCAUCUCCCGCCCCGUUUGUCAGCAAUUGGCGUUCACCCCACGUCCCAGGGUUCGACUCUGACCAUCGUGUCAUCAUGACAACUUUGGACCUCGACAUCGAGCCAGUGCCCAGUACCUACUACCUUUGGAAGCUCGUCGACCCGAAGGAGUUCUGUGAGUUUGUUAACAACGCACUAGAACAUCUAGGGUUUCCAACGCUCAGCUCCCCUAUCAUAACCAACAACUACGCCCGCAGGCUGGUUCAGGCAUUUGGCCCGGCCAUUCAGAACCUAGUGCCUCUAGCUCCACCACCCGGAUCGAAGCGUCUCAAGAACAAGCCAACCCUUGUGACUCGGCGAGCCGAGAAUCUUCUGAGACUGGCAGCGGAGAGAACGCGCAAAACUGGCCUCAUGAUGCCGAGCCAACAGCACUACAAGACCAAGCGCCUGGCGCAAAACGUGAUCCGAAAGCAACGUGCUGCGGCCUUUUACCGCAAGCUAAGUCAAGAUAUUGCGAAGCGCAGAAAGCUCUAUUUCUGGGCUAAGGCAGGCGCCAAGUGGAACCAGAAGGCAUCGAUGCCAAUUCGACAAUUGAAGGCGGGUAAUCUUACCCACCAGAAGCCCCGUGGCCAGGCGGCACUAGCGACGAGCAACAAGCCCCCCGACCAGCCAGCCGCCGAUCCUGAAAGGACCACUCUCGCUGCCUCGCAAGAUCUGACUCUGGGCGAUGUCCAGGAGUUGAUCGCAUGUGCACCAACAGGAAAGGCUGCCGGUCCAGACCUCUUAGCAUACGAGGGUAUGAAGAUGGCCCAGAAGGAACUUUUGCCCUACCUUCACCACCUGUUUGCCGCCUGCCUCCGGCUUGGCCAUCACCCUGCUGCCUUCAAACCAGCGUCCACUGUCAUGCUCCGAAAGCCAGACAAAGACGACUACGAACAGCCCAAGAGCUGGCGGCCGGUCACCCUGCUUCCUUGCAUGGGGAAGCUUCUCGAAAAGAUCUUCACCCACCGUGUCAAAUUGCUCGCUCUCGAUGACAACCUCCUCCCCAAUAUGCAGUUUGGUACUCCUGGCAAGUGCACCACCAAAGCACUCCAGUUGCUCCUCAACAAUGUCUAUGCCAAGCCAACAGCCAAGGAAAUAAACCCCGGCUUACGCUGCAUAUCGAGACACCCAACAGGCGAGGGUCUCACCUUCAAUAACAGUGCGAAUAUGUUUCCAAAUCUCUCCAUGGCCAGAGCGAUUCUUGUUGUGGUCGUCAUAUCCAUCGCUGCCCUUCUCACCGCUCUCAACUCUCAAUCCAUCGUUGUUAUCCUCCCCGAACUGGGAAAUGCGAUGGCAAUACCAUCAUCCCGUCAACGGCUUGUUGUAUCAAUCUACAACAUCUCCACAGGGAGCGUCAUGCUCCUCUGGGGUCGAUUAGCAGAUGUAUAUGGCCGAAGGUUGGGUUUCCUAUCAGUAUCAGCGAUCUUUACAUUAUCAACAAUGUUUCUACCAUGGUCCACCUACGAAAUACCCUUCUACGUAUUGAGAGCGGUGCAGGGAAUGUCAGCUGCGGCUAUUAUGCCGUCUGGCAUUGGAAUCGUGGCUUCCACUUUUGCACCGGGUCCUUCUAGGAACAUGCCGUUUAUCACAAUGUCCGCCAUGGCAUCUCUGAGCUCUGUCGUGGGCAGCCUUCUCGGCGGCUUUGUACGAACAUCACUGGCUGCUGGAUUCUUUGUCACUGCUGGGCAUACCAUAAGAGCUGCUACGCAAGGACCAACCGAGGAUAUCGAGGGCAGCAAGAAGCCAUAUGUCGACUGGAUUGGAGGAGGUCUCGUAUGGUCUAGUUUGACCUUAGUGCUAGUUUCCAUCACGCAAGGAAAUGUGUCUGGUUGGGCGACACCGUGGAUACCACCGCUGUUGGUCAUAUCUGUCCUACUUCUAGCUGGUUUCAUCUUCUACCAGUGCCGAUCGGAAAAAGAUACGUACGUCUCCACCAAGAAUUUUGUUCAGAUCUUGCCCAGCUUUGCCAAGAGGAUCCAAUGGGAUGAGGCUCGAUCUCGGCCCGUGAAUGUCUCGCCUGCUUAG